AUGGGCAUAAUCGAGACAUUACUGGACUAUGUGUCCAUCAAGCUCAUCUGCACUCUCCUCGGCGUUGUUUGGGCGUUGAGGGUGAUAUAUCAUGAAGUGGAUGAGACCAUUCGACUCCGAAAGCUAGGCGCGCCUGGAACAUUGAUUAAGACGAGAGUCCCUUUCGGCCUAGGAAUCAUCUACAGGCAGGUAACUGCUGCCAUGAACGACAAAAGCUACGAGGGCUUUCUAGGCUUUCUGAACGGCUCCCCUAACUAUACCGCCCUCGGUCGCUUUUUUUCAAACCGUAUGGUCUGCACGGCCGACCCCGAAAUUAUCAAAGCCAUGCUGGCGACUCAGUUCUCCGACUUCGGGAAGGGUUGGCGUUUCCACCGGGACUGGUGCGAGUUUCUCGGUGAUAGUAUUUUCACCACCGACGGCGAUCUCUGGCAUGCCAGCAGACAACUCAUACGUCCCCAGUUCUCUAGGGAACGUAUCAGCGACCUACAGUGUUUUGAGUCUCAUCUUGAGUCUCUGUUUAAAGCUAUAGCUAAUGGCGGGGUCCUGAAUGGGGAACACCAGCAUGACUAUUACAAAGUCAGUGACGGAAAACGCUUUGAUAUUAGUGACCUGUUUUACAGAUUUACCCUUGAUGUGACUACCGAUUUCUUGUUGGGGAUGGACCCUCAAUCACUAAACAACCCACACCAGCCGUUCGCUGAUGCCUUCAAUGAGGUACAACGACUUCAGGGCAUUCUUUCACGGGCCGGUCCAUUGAAGCCUUUCAUGUCCCACAAGGUUUUCCGGCAGGGUAUCCAAACCAUCAACGAGUUCUGCAACAUCUACAUAGAACAAGCGUUGCGACUCAGCCCUGAAGAGCUCGCAAACAAGACCAAAUCGGACCAGGGCUACACAUUCCUGCACGAGCUAGCUUCCUUCACCCGCGACCGCAAAGUGCUCCGCGACCAGCUCAUCUCCGUCUUGCUCGCCGGACGCGACACCACCGCCGCCACCCUCUCCUGGACCUUCUACGAGCUUGCCCGCCACCCUGAAGUCGUUCGCAAGCUCCGCCGCGAGAUCCUCGACCAGGUCGGACCCCACCGCACUCCCACCUACGCCGAUCUCAAGUCCAUGAAAUACCUCCAAAACGUCAUCAACGAGACCCUGCGCCUCUACCCUUCUGUGCCCUUCAACGUGCGCGCCGCAUUCAAGGACACGACUCUCCCCCGGGGCGGCGGACCCGACGGCACGCAGCCGCUCUCCGUGCUCAAGGAGACCUCGGUCGGGUACUCGGUGAUGGUGAUGCAGCGGCGGGCGGACCUGUACCCGGCCGUGUCGGAGAAGUUCGCCGACCCCCUCGUCUUCAGCCCCGAGCGUUGGUUCACCUGGCAGCCCAAGCCCUGGCAGUACAUCCCGUUCAACGGCGGCCCCCGCAUCUGCAUCGGCCAGCAGUUCGCCCUCACCGAGAUCUCCUACGUCCUCACCCGCCUGUUCCAGCGCUACGAGCGCGUGGACAACUACAUGCACGAGAUCGAUGGCGGGAACCCCAAGAUCAGGACCGAUAUCGUCAUUCAGCCCGGCGAUGGCGUUUGGAUUGGCCUGUGGGAGGCUAAGAGGGGAGAGGUUUAA